AUGGCUUACCAGUUUCCAAAACGCAUUCUGGAAGAAGGAGCUGAGACCCAGAUUGAUAAGAUUAACAAUACGUGUAGGCGUCGGACGUUGGAUAUGGUGAGGAGUGUUCUCAAGGAUGAGUAUGAGGAAGUUUUGCAAGACCCGGUCUUUGGUCCGAUUCUGGCAAUCCUAGAGAACAAGCUCCUGUACUCAGGGAAGAUUAUUCACAGCUUCAUAUGCAAGCAACUCAAGGUUUCCAAGCUUCACGAGCUGUGGUUUGUAUUCGCAAGGAGGCCUCUUAGGUUUUCACAGCAAGAAUUUUAUGCUGUGACUGGACUCAAGUUCAAGGAUGAACCUGACAUAGACUUUGAAGAUUGGGAGGAUGAUAAGGGGUUCUGGAGCAGGGUUUUGAAGCAGAACAAGAAGAUCAGCUUAUUGAGUAUAAGGACUGAGCAUCUUGAAGUCUGUAACAAGUGGACGUAUGUGGACAGGGUGAGGCUAGUGUAUCUUUGUAUUAUCCAAGGAUACCUCAUAGCUAAAGAUGAUAGAGUUUCUAUCCCUCUAGAAUAUAUUCGCUUGGUGAUGGAUUUUGGUAAGAUGAGGAUGUUUCCUUGGGGUCUUCACGCAUAUGAUGAGCUGAUUGAUUCAAUACGCAAAGCAACAAAAGAUCUACAUUUGAAGAACAGUUACGUGUUGGAUGGAUUCUCCAUUGCGUUUCAGAUAUGGGUUAUGGAGGCAAUCCCCGACAUUGGUACUAUGGUGGGUCAAAAGCUCAACAAAAACAUUACCAAAGUGAGAUGUAGGAAUUGGAAAGGAAGUGGGAAAGUGUCUUAUGAAGAUAUCAGUAGCCUAGAGUCGCACUUCGAUAAGGGAGAGUUGUUCCCUUUUAUAUCUGCUUCUGGGAACUCGGAUUUGAUUGAUAGUGAUCAGUUCUUCAGGGAAGAUGAGAAGCAUGACGAAAGAGUUGGACGUAUUGUUGCUCUGAUCAAUGCCAAACAAGAUUGGUCAGAAUUCGACUGGGAAGUUCACGCUUUGCCUCGAAGUGUGGAGCUGUCUGAUUCAGAAGAGGGUGUUGAUGUUGGAGAUGUCACAGAAACCCAUGUGGAGGAACCGUCACUUGUAGAGGAACCGGCUGUUGUUGCAAGAAGGGGCAAGCGUAAGGUAAAUGAUCGUGGUGCCGAGACCCGAAAGAAACAAUUGCUUUGUCAACGGGCGGCUGAACAUAACAGUGGUAUCUCCGGUCAGAUGAAGACUUUCAUUGAAGGAUUAUUCACCUCUUUAAAAGAGGUGGUGCAGAAAGACAUCCAAGAGCGUUUUGACAAGGUCGACAAAGAGAUGGCUCAACUCAAGGAAGUGGUGUCUAAGAUCUUGGGUCCGUCAGAUACAAUGGGAAAAGAAAGAGCCACUGACAUUCUGUGUCCUUCAGCAACAAUGGAGAAAGACCAAUUCCGAGAAACAUCACAGAGUCUGUCGCCUUUAGCAGCAAAGGAAAAAGGCAAAGGCAAGGCAGAUGAGACUGGAGUUCCUCCUACGGUUCGUCGUAGCCCUCGGCCAAGAAAGGAGAUUGAAACUGAUGAUAUGUUGGAUUUUUUGAAAAAUCUGUCACAAUCAUCGAAAAAUAAAGAUAUGGGGACCCAAGAGUAUUUACAAGACGCUGUGGGUAACCUUUCUCAAGCAUCACAUGUUAGAGGUUUCGAUCCCUCACAAAAAAGCUCAGCUGAAGAAGCCGUAGAAAUUAGUACUCCUUUAUCAUCAUCUAAGCCUGCGGAUUACAAAACACUCAGUCUCAAAGAUACAGACUUACAUGAGGACCGGGUGAACGACAUAGAUUAUUCAUUAGUUUUUGUCCCUGAGGACUCAUGGGUAAAAUUAAGGGAGUGGUGUUCAACUUCCAAACAGCACCUCAAAAUUGGACCUUCUGUCUACACAAGUGAGUUAGCAAAACGUGUAAUGGGACCUGCAGUGUGGCUAAAGAACGAUGAAAUUGAUGCUAUGUUGUACUUAUUUCGCGAGAGAACUUCUUUGGGACGAUGGAAUCAAUCCAAAGUAGCCUUCAUGAGCUGCAUAUUCAGUAAUCAAAUGAAGAAUUCUUACAUAGAUUUCAAGAAAGACAGGAAAGGUUUCAAAGUGCAAGGACUGCUCCACCAGUACGGAAUUGGUGAACUUCCUGCACACGGACGAACAGGACUAAUGUGGGAUCUCGAUGUGAGUCGCAUGUACGUGCCUCUUCUUGUUCACGGUAACCACUGGAUCUCUAUGUGUGUGAACUUUGUUACUCGUUCAAUAGAGGUCUUUGACUGUGGAGGAAUGAAACACAACAAGGACUUGGAGCCAUUUGCACAUCUCAUCCCUAGAAUUGUCAAAGCUGUGCAGUCUUCGAAGAGUAAACUAAUCGUCAAGCCAUAUGAUGUCACUUACGCCCCAAUGCCCUUCCUAAACAAGACUAGCAGUGAUUGUGGAGUAUAUGCGCUGAAACACAUUGAAUGCCAUCUUCUAGGCAUGGACUUAUCAUUAGUGAAUGACGACAACAUUCGUGAAGCUCGCCUCAAGAUUGCGUGA